UUUGGUUCGCUAGGGUUCUUGUCAAUUCACACAUUGUCGGCGAAAUCGCAAUGGGGCGAAGGAUUUUGAACGACGCAUUGAGAACGAUGGUUAACGCCGAGAAGAGAGGCUUCGCAUCGGCUCAGCUUCAACCGAUCUCCAAUGUCAUCUCCUCUUUCCUCACAAUCAUGAAACAACGAGGGUAUGUUAAGAAUUUUGAAGUACAUGAUCCUCACAGAGUGGGACAGAUCAAAGUUGAAUUGCUAGGAAGGAUUAAAGAUUGUCGAGCUCUUACGUAUAGACAAGACAUCAAAGCUCAUGAGAUAGAGAAUUAUAGACUACGUACCCUUCCAACACAACAGUGGGGCUAUGUGGUGAUAACAACCCCGAAUGGCGUCUUGGACCAUGAAGAGGCUAUUCGACAAAACGUUGGCGGUCAGGUUCUGGGCUACUUUUAUUGAGCACACGUCUCUUUGCUUGUUAUGAUUGAUCAUGAAGUUUGAAUGAAGAACCAUCAAGUCCUGAUUUCAUUAGUCUGCAAAUCAGUAAAUGUUAUUUGAAAGAAAAAACCGGUUUUAAGUAUGAGAAUGCCCAACAAUGUUCUGUGAUUUUGUAUGGUAGUUAUUAAUAUAUGUGCUAUUAAUAAAUACAGGUCUUGGUAACAAUGUUUCUAUAAUCAUCCUUGUUAUCAUCAAAUUUACUGUCUGAA